AUGGCCUUCACGUUUGCUGCCUUCUGCUACAUGCUUUCCCUGGUGCUGUGUGCCGCCCUCAUCUUCUUCGCUAUCUGGCAUAUAAUUGCAUUUGAUGAAUUAAAGACAGACUUCAAGAGCCCCAUAGACCAGUGUAACCCAGCACAUGCGAGAGAGCGAUUGAGAAAUAUUGAACGGAUUUGCUUUCUUCUGAGAAAGCUAGUAUUGCCAGAAUAUUCCAUCCAUAGCCUUUUCUGUAUAAUGUUUCUGUGUGCUCAAGAAUGGCUGACCCUUGGCUUGAAUAUCCCUCUGCUUUUCUAUCACUUUUGGAGGUAUUUCCAUUGUCCAGCAGACAGUCCUGAGUUAGCAUAUGACCCACCUGCAGUAAUGAAUGCAGACACCUUGAUCUACUGUCAAAGAGAGGCCUGGUGCAAAUUAGCUUUCUAUCUCCUCUCAUUCUUCUAUUAUCUUUACUGCAUGAUCUACGCUUUAGUGAGUUCCUAA